AUGGCUGGAUCGUACAAUUGUUUACGUUUAGAUAAUAGAUACGUUUUCCAGGUUGAAGUUUACGAAAAAGAGAAUGAUAAUACGAAAUUCUUCGAAAUCGGUGAUAAAAAAUAUCUAUUUGAGACUGUAAGAGUAGGACAACUCACAAAACUUAUCUCUCAUGAAGGAAAGUUUAAAGAUUCUGAUAUAUUGAAUCUUUGGAAGAUUAACGCCAAAAAAUAUGAUCUUAAUCCUGUUUAUACUGAAGUCGAUAUUGAAAAAUUUGGAGGCAAGCUUAUGGAAUCUGAACAAAGCUUUGUAAAUUAUUUUCCAAAUGUACCUGAUGCUAAGGAUGUUAACAUCCACAUUGUUGCUGUCAUUACAAACACAACUGCUGGCAAGUCAGGUCCCUCUCAUCAAGGCGCUGAACAAGGACCUAACUGGAAUGAUGCUUCUUCCAUCUACGAAUGGAUACAACAAUUCACAUUGAACCGUGGCCGAAAUCGACUUGUUACGUCUUUCGGUAAGAACUUUGAAUUCUGUGGGCGAGAUGAUGCUAUUGACACCUUAUGGAAUGGAGAUAAGCUUUUAGGACGAAAUGGAAUUGUGGAGCGAUUUAAACACCGUAAUGAAAGGGACAAAGAAAAUCAUCCAAUCCCCGUCGUAGCAUGUGGACCUGGAACUGGAAAGAGCAGAUUUCUCGAUGAAAUCGAAGAAUUGCUCAUGCGUAAUGUUGACGACUCUGACAAUGAAGAUAUUCGUAACGCAUUCAAUAAUAUGGUCGUUAUAAACAUCACCUAUGGAAAUGGUUCCCCCGCUAAGAUUGAAGAUUUAGUAAUUGUUCAAACUGGCGAUAGCCAAGUAAUUAAUGCCGAGACAUCUCUUGCAGUACGCAUUUUAUAUGAGUACUUUCGACCGAAACAUAAUUAUGGUGAAUUCUCUUUUUCCGCUUUUCGUUCACUUUGUAAAAAAAAUUCAACAAUUUCUGGAUUUACCCUGAAUACUGCUCUUCAAGUUGUUCGUACUGAUACUAUUAAACAAAAAGAAAUAAAUUCUAAUCCUCUGCUAGUCUUAGUCCUUGGAAUUGACGAGUUCAACAAAUUGCAUGGUGUUCAUGAAGGUGCCUGUAAGGGGCUUGUAAACUCCAUUGGAGGAAUGAUGCUUGACUCACGGGACAUUUUUUUCAUCCCCAUUCUGGCUGGAACAAUCGAAGGACCUCUUGAGGAAUAUAUCACAGAAUCUAGGUACAAACAACUUCGCCUUCCAUUAUAUCUUCUCAAUAUGGAUCAUGUAAUUGAGAUUGGCAAGGCUAUGGGUCUAGUUGACGAAAAAUAUGUCAAACUCCAUCCUUACUUUCGAGUCAGUAUUGGUGACAUUGGAGGUCACGUAAGAACUUUAGAGUAUUUUUACGAUUACUUCCAACGUGAGAUAGAAACAAAGGAUCCGGAUAAUAAAGAUCCUUAUAAGGUGGAAAUUAAUUACAUUAUGCAUCGAGUUGAAUCUAAAGUCUCGGAUGAAUAUGGCUUAGGACCGUAUUCGCGAUGGUUGACAGAAGUCCUGGCAAAAGCCAUAUUGAAUUUGUCAGUUGACAAAGAGGACAAAAUCAAUUUUAAUGAUAAAUUGACGAGUUAUCGGGAUCUCAGUUCCAUGGGACUCAUCAAUCUGGUCCUAGCAAAUACAAUAACAAAAAAUUUUUAUAUUCACAUCCCUUAUUUGUGGACAAGUAUACUUGUCAAAAGCUCUAAUAAAUCUGGGAUGAAUUUUUGGAAAUCCAUGUUCAAAUAUGAUGAGCCAAUGUAUUGGCAGGAUUUUGAGAAGUUCAAUGCCCAAUUCUGGGCGUUACGCCUCAGUCUCUUCCGUCUAUUAGGAUAUCAGACAAUCAAUUUGAAAGAACUUCUUAGCGGUGUGAAAAUUUCCCGUAGAUUUCCAACUGGCAAAGUUUUCCUUCCUAAAGACCUCGAAAUUUGUGGAUUAAAACAUCGGUAUCCAGCAAUGGGUAAAGAUAAUGACGACAUGCAAGAUGAUGACGAAAUGGACACGGAUGAUAAAGAAAUGGAUACGGAUGAUGAUGACAUGGACGCGGGUGAUGAUGAAAUGGAUACGGAAGACGACAAAAAAGAUAAUAAAAUGGAUUAUAAAACGAAGGUGCUUGAUAGAUAUUAUACCAAACUUGAUCAUCCGGAUCCCAGGAAUGAUAAUAUAAUUUACAUCAAUGCCAGCGGGGCAAGUUAUGAUGCUCUCGAGUUUCUUAAAUAUUAUGAACACGAUUCCAAUGAAGCGGAUACAUUAUGCGUGGCCCUGCAAAUCAAAAAACGAGAUGCCAUUAGCGUGAUUAACAAAAACCAAUUCAAUGACGAGCAUGAUAAGGUCACUAAAGCUAUGGAGUACACUCAGGAAAAAAAUUGGAUUUUAAUAUUUCUGACAAAUGCAAAAGCGAAAUCCCUGAAUAUAAAGAAUAAGAAAAACAGUGCAUUAGUAACUGAGGAAAAAUUUCUAGAUUUCUAUGGAUACACAUAUACUAACAGAGCGCAAUUUGCAUCUGCGAAUGAAAAAAUUUAUAUCAAUUCGACACACGAAGAUUCACUUGAAAUUUUAGGCUUCAAUAAAAAGCAGAGGAAUGGGAUACGUAUAGAACGCGAAAAUAGACCUUUCAUUGAUUAUGAUGAUAUAAAGACCAGAAUUCGCAUUAGUGAUAAAAAAUUUCGAAAGUUGAAGCGCGAUGAUAGAAUUGCUUUUUAG